AACGUAGGUUGAAUGAUUGUGUUGAAAAUUCAUCUCGAAAAUGACUGAGGAGGGCGGUAAGAGCCAAGUGGGUGGCCUGAAGGUGCUGGGGAUCCUUGACAUCCAGAAUACGCCGUGUGCUCGGGAAUCUCUUCUACACGGAGCCGGGGCUUCACUAGUCACAGGACUGCUGCACUUUUUGGCAACAAGUCGAGUGAAGAGGUCAUUUGAUGUGGGUGUCGCAGGAUUCAUGCUUACGACUCUGGGCUCAUGGUUCUACUGUAGAUAUAAUAAUGCCAAGCUGCGUGUUCAGCAGAGAAUCAUUCAGGGCGGCAUGAAGAAUAAAGUCAUUUAUGAAGGCACAAAAUUGGAUCCCACACGGAAAAAUUCAGAAGAUUAGUAGAAGUUCCUUGUCUGAUGCCUUUAAUGUGAAUGCCACUUUAUUUAUUGCAUAAUCAAAUAUGUCAAAUGUUUGUAAUAAAAAUGUUUUAAACAAA